UUUAAUUUCUCCAACCACGAAUUAGAAUGACAAUUGACAGUUAAAAAUUGACAAGUGAAUUAUUCAAGCGAAACUUAAACGAAAAAUACUGUAAACACUAAAAUAAACAACCGUUACAUUUGUGUUAUAUAGGUUUAAUGAAGUCUAAAACAUUCAACAAUAAUAAUAUCAUCCGUAAAAGAUAUACAUCUCAAUGCUUUGUUUCAAAAUUAAGGUUAUGUUGUGAAGCAAGGUCAUCCUAGCAUUCCUAAAAAUUUUGACGUGUUGUCUUGAAGUACUACGCCUUUUAUGGGUUGAAAAGGUUAAUCUUAAGUUCCUGGCUUAGUCUGAAUUAAGAUUUCAUCAUGAGCGACCGCGAGAAGCCAACUGGGUCUGAGUCGCAGGAGGACAAAGAAAAGAAAAGCAUUAGAAUACCAUCACAACCUAUAUCAGCUGGAUCAGGUCGCAGCUAUUUUUCAAAUGAACCACUCCAGUUCAGAGUGAGAGGGUCAACUAUAACAGGUGCUUCACCACCUAACUUUGUCACUCUGGAGGAGAUUAUGAAAGCAGCGCAUGGAAUGCAUAACAUGGCUUUGGCUCAUGAAAUUGCUGUUGACCAAGACUUCAAACUGGAACCGUUUGAACCUCCAGACAAUAGCUAUCAAAAGUUAGUAAAGGAAACAAUGCACAGGGCAUAUUUUGACAUUUUGAGAGAACAAUUAAACUCAGACCCUCCAGAAUACAAGCAGGCUCUUGUGUUACUAGAAGAUGUAAAACAGGGCCUGUUUUCUAUUUUGCUUCCCCGUCACACCCGUAUAAAGGAUAUGAUAGAAGAAGUAUUGGAUACAGAAUUCAUAAAGCAACAAGCGGAGAACAAUAGUCUCGACUUUCAGAAGUACGCUACUUUUGUUAUAGACUUAAUGGCCAAGCUUGCCGCUCCUGCCAGAGAUGAAAUGAUACAGAAUAUAACUAAACUAACUGAUACUGUGGACAUAUUUCGUUCUAUUCUCGAAACUCUGGAAGUACUGAAGCUAGACUUGGCCAAUACUUUGAUAGCGAUGAUAAGACCACACGUGCAGCAAGAAAGUGUGCAAUAUGAGAGGGCAAAGUUUGAUGAAAUGUUGAAACUGGCGGAGGAUGGCUUACAAUAUACUAGGGAAUGGCUGCUUAGAAACUUGGACAAGACAGACCUCAGUUUGCCAGUUACAGAUCAAAAUAUAAUAAGGAAUGUCACUGCACAAACAUUAGCUAAAGCCUAUCUAGAAUUAUUAGAAUGGGAUGAAUCUAAGAACUAUCCUGAGACCGUAUCUUUAGACAAGCCUCGGUUCACCGAGUUGGGUACACAAGUAUACCGACUCAUCUGUGUUGCAUCGCUCCUACUUAUCAGUCCUUCGUGUGGAGGAGACUCGCAAGCGCAACACAAACAAAAACUAAAGGAAAAACUUUUUAUUAUUCUCGACACAGCCACCAAUGACAUUGAACUUAAAGCCAUUCUGCCAUCCAUUGCCGAAGAAGUUAUUCUAGUCACAGAACAACUCCUAGAGAGUCUUGGUCAAGAUCCACUAACAAGUGAUACAAAAGAACUCAUCAGAACACAGAUACUAUCACUCAGAGAUCCAGACCACAGAGUCAGACAAAUUGUCCGUCAAAGAAUUCUGGAAUUUCUGAAAAUUAUACUAGUAUGCGCGGGUGGAUCUCGUCAAAUACCAGUUGGUCUUUCUGUAUUUACGAAAGAACUGACAUCCGUUUCCGGUACUUUGCUCCGUUACGUAAUGCACAAUAAGGCAGUAUUCACUAAACAUUACCUCGAUAUUAUUGAAGAGGAACUGAGUAAAAGUUAGGCUUUUUAUUUAAUCUAUGUCACAAAAUGUCACUUUCAAUGUCAAAUUAAAACAACCUAUUUAAAAAAAUAACCAGCAAUGAA